UCGGAGACGCUUGUCGGCAGGAUCGACAAGGGCGGCGACGCGCUCGGGGUGCUGUCUGGCGCGGCAGCGCUGGAGGCGGCUGUGGGCUUUGGGUUGGGGGCGGCGGGGCUGGCGAGCCCCAAUCUGGACACGCCACGCGAGGGCGCCGCGGCGCAGGGCGCCCUGGCUGCGCUCGUGAUGAGCGCUGUUGGGAUGCUGGAUACGUCCCAGCCGGCGCUGGUGGUCCGCGAUGACACGUCAUGCCAUCAUCAGCAAGUGCUGCCACGCGCCCGGGAGCGCGC